GUCUCCGGGGAUCCCAACCAUCUUCGACCUAUAUCUUAUCUCACCCCCACGAUUCAAUCCAACAACCCAAGCAAUAAAAUAUGGCUUCAGCUACUGCACAGCGUCGUCUUCUCCAGGAAUAUCGCGCCCUUACAAAUAAUCCACCAGACGGUAUUACCGCAGGUCCGGUGACAGAAGAUGACUUACUUUGCUGGGAGGCUUUAAUAGAAGGACCGGAGGGUACGCCAUUCGAAGGGGGAGUAUUCGCUGCUGAGUUGCAGUUUCCCAAAGACUAUCCACUUUCACCGCCGAGUAUGAGAUUUCUUGGAGAAGUUUGGCACCCCAAUGUCUACCCAAGCGGUCUUGUUUGCAUAUCUAUUCUCCACCCGGCUGGAGACGACCCAAAUCACUAUGAACAUGCAUCGGAGCGAUGGUCACCUAUCCAAAGUGUCGAGAAAAUAUUAAUAAGUGUAAUGAGUAUGUUGGCGGAACCAAAUGACGAGAGUCCGGCAAACGUAGAAGCUGCCAAGCAAUGGAGAGAGCAUAGGGCAGAAUAUGAGCAGAAGGUCCGCGACGGAUGUAGGAGAAUGCUUGGAUUGUAAGGCUUUCUGUGGAUGAGGUCUUGAAUUCUGUAUUCAUUGAUUCGAGAGAGGCUGUGGUAUAUAUACUGGCCCAUGUAAUGAUUCCCAGGUCACUUCGGGGAGAAGCUUUACUUCCUGAUGCCACUCUCACAGCCGCAUGGCUUGUAAUAUGAGACUAGAGCCGAUCCACAUAUACGGAAUACUCAACAAGAAAAGGGAGUUUUGCAAGUGUAUCGAAUUAAAUAUCGUUCGGAACUAGGUGACAGGACAUGAAUACGGGGUGUACAGCAUGGACAUAUGAACGUCAUAUAGAUUAAUUAGCAACAUUUAUAUGGACUUGACAAAUAUUCUACACAUCCAAAUGUUCAGAAGUUUCAAGGUGAAGACAAUGUGCAGGCUAUUACAGAAGUUCUCCA